UCACAAUAAACGCUCAACUCUAUGCGACUCGACGCAUCAACCAGAAGGCGUUGAAAGCUCCUGAGCAGGCGAAUGAGCGAUACGAACCAAGGGUGGAAAGGGUGAAGGCAGGGAACUUUUUAUCCACGCGUGGUUCAUUGCUCGUCUGCCCGCCAUGUUCAGGCCGCAUCCAGAGGAGACGAUGCAUCUCCGGCUCCAUCGAGCUCGGUCCGUCGUCUUGACAUCUGAAGAGCUCGUCGAGAUCCGCGCCGCCCAACGCACCUUUGAAGGCGCCUACAUGCGCACCGCCCUCGGCAUCUUCUCCUUCUCCCUCGUCAUCCUCAAGGUCUUCACCGAGGAGUUUUACGGCAUCGGCGCCCUCUUUGCCGCCUUUGGCACCGCCAUCCUGCUCGUCGCCGUGUACCGCCGCUACCAGGGCAACCGCCAGUUCUUCGUCGCCGAGUCGCCCGACGAUGACGGCUGCGGCGACACGAUACUGCGGCGCAAGUUCCGGACGAGCGGCGACACGGUGGUGCUUUUGACGGUGCUGAGUCUGUGUGCGUAUGCGACGCUGCUGGGGCUGACGUGGAAGCUGAGCGAUAUGUGAAGAGGCGAUGCGGCGUUUUUGCUGGUGCUCGCUUUGAGGGGCGACAGUGAUGGGGUGAAUCCAAUAUUUCUAUGUUUUACC